AUGGCACAACCCUCACGGCAUGCUGCCAUGCUCUCCAUCAGCAACAGCAAUCCCAACCACACCGUCGCCGCCGAAAAACCCCAACCGACGCAACAGAUCCAGACCAUCGCGCAAACAACCCCGGGCCUGCGCGUCCCCUCCAACCGCAAGACCAUCUACGACCGACAUCUGAAUCGCAGCCGGAAUGCGGAGUCUAGCCGCGCUAGCUUCGCCUUUCUCUUCGCGGAGAUGGUCACUUACGCGCAGAGACGGGUUACGGGGAUUCAGGAUUUAGAGAAACGGUACGUCUGCCCUCCGGAAACCAACCGCAAGGAUAUCUAUCCCGAAACCCUGCUAACCAGAAGACCAACAGCCUCAACGAACAAGGCUACCCCCUCGGCCUCCGCCUUCUUGACCUUCUCUUCUACCGCACAAUCUCCAGCUCCACGUCCUCAUCCCUCUCCAGCUCCUCGACCUCCGCAUCGCCGCCGAACCGCCCCCUCCGCGUCCUCCCCUUGCUACACCUCAUCCACGGCCCCCUGUGGCGCCUCCUCUUCAACCGCCCCGCCGACGCCCUCGAACACUCCGUCUCUCCCGACACGCCGAACGAGUACAUGA